AUGGAUCCUCCUGUGACAGAUCUUGAGACAAUCGAAGAUCAGAAAGAAGGAGGACCUUCUUUUCACUGUCAUCUUUACGAUACAGAAGUAGUUCACAAGUUAGCUCAGUUUUUUCUCCCUGGUUUAGCCACUGCUUGUGUCGAUAACACCACCGGUGAUAUCUUCAGGAGUCCAGGUUCUGUCGCUGCUGACAUUAGAAAAGAAAUGAUCGAUUAUCUGACUCGUAGAAGCGAAAGCUUUGUGGCUGAACACAUUGUUCUUCAAGGUGGUUCUGAGAUUGAAGCUUCUCAUGAUCCUUAUGACAUAGUAUCUGAUUUCAUCGAUGAUUUCGCUACCUCCAAGAGGAACUUGUUUAGUCGGGUUUCGGGUUGGAUGCUUAGCGAAAGGAGAGAAGAUAACAUUGAUGAUUUCGCGCAGGAGAUGGAGAUAAGCGGGUUCUGGUUGACGGAUCAUAGAGAAGGAAUUGCUCAGACCUUGCUUAAAAACGUCGAUUUUAAAAACAGUUCUCAUUGCGAAAUGAAGUUCCAAACCGAAGGAGAGCUCGCCGCUCACGUUUUGAAUUGCGGGUAUAGGACGAUGAACUGUGAGAACGAGGGUUGCACUGCGGUCUUCUGCGCGAAUCAGUUGGAGCAUCACGAUUCGGUUUGCCCGUUCAAGAUAAUUCCGUGUGAACAGAACUGCUCAGAGAGUAUCAUGAGACGUGAAAUGGAUAGGCAUUGUAUAACCGCGUGUCCUAUGAAACUUGUGAACUGUCCAUUUCACGCUGUUGGUUGUCUCUCUGAUGUACACCAAUGUGAGAUCCAACAACAUCAUACGGAUAAUGUAAGCUCUCACUUGAUGUACAUUCUCCGGAUUAUCUACAAGGAAGCAUCUNCGGAUGAUCUCAAACCCCGGGCUGAACAGAUACAACAGUUGUCUACUCGGUUAUCUGAAGCCCGGAAUGCAAGAGCACUAACGAAUAUAGUCAAGGAAAUUGAUGCAAAGCUGGGGCGUCUAGAAAUCAAACCAAAGAAUGUUGCUGACUCGGAGUCCGAUAAACCUGAAAAUACAGAAAAGAAAGCUUUAGAAGAAGCUGAGAUCAAAGAAAAACCGGAGACGAGUAACUUAAAAGCUGGUUCAUUGGAGCAAACCACGAGGGAAGCUCCAGAAGAUGAAGCGGUUUCAAAAGAAGCAGAGGUUCUAGUAGAUGAUGCAAUGGUGGCAGAAGCUGUAGAGAAAGUUUCAGAAGCCGAAAUAGCAGAGAAUGUUAACGAAGUAGGCGAAUUAAAAGCUCAAAAGCUUUUGGAAAUCGGCGAGUUUAUCAAAGAAGGAGACAACAACAACAACUCUGCAAAUGAUUUGUCAGAGAGAACUGAAACCAAAGCUCCAGAAGUUGUAGUCAUGGAUGAAAAUAGAGAAGAAAAAGAGAGUGGAGAGACAAAACACUCAAGAACAAAUGAAACCAGAGGUUUAGAGAUUGAAGUCAAUGACAUGAUUGAUAAAGAGAACAGAGAGACAACUGAAACCGAAAACAAAACCGAAGCUUCAUCAAGAAUAGUCAUGGACAAGGAGGAGGAGGAUGAAGAAGGAACAGAGACAAUGAAAUCAACUGCUCGUGCUACUGAUGAAGCUGAAGCAUUGUCAAAGAGCAAAGAAGGCUUUUCUAUAGCACAAACUGAAACUGUUGGUGCUGCUGGGACAGAUCCAGUUCUGGAUAAAAUUGCGCGUUUCCAAAAUGCUUGCUGGAGAUUUCUUAGGCCCCAUACAAUCCGUGGAACAGCUUUAGGAUCCACUGCCUUGGUGGCAAGAGCUUUGAUAGAGAACACUCAUCUGAUAAAAUGGAGUCUUGUACUCAAGGCACUUUCAGGUCUUCUUGCUCUUAUAUGUGGGAAUGGUUAUAUAGUUGGCAUCAAUCAGAUCUACGACAUUGGAAUUGACAAAGUGAACAAGCCAUACUUGCCAAUAGCAGCAGGAGAUCUCUCAGUGCAAUCUGCCUGGUUGCUGGUUAUAUUUUUUGCAAUUGCAGGGCUGUUAGUUGUCGGAUUCAACUUUGGUCCAUUCAUUACAUGCCUGUACACUCUUGGCCUUUUUCUCGGAACCAUCUAUUCUGUUCCACCAUUUAGAAUGAAAAGAUAUCCAGUUGCAGCAUUUCUUAUUAUCGCCACGGUACGAGGUUUCCUUCUUAAUUUUGGUGUGUACCAUGCUACAAGAGCUGCUCUUGGACUUUCUUUUCAGUGGAGUGCACCUGUGGCUUUCAUCACGUCUUUUGUGACACUGUUUGCACUAGUCAUUGCUAUUACAAAGGAUCUUCCUGAUGUUGAAGGAGAUCGCAAGUUCCAAAUAUCAACUCUAGCAACAAAGCUUGGAGUGAGGAACAUUGCAUUCCUCGGUUCUGGACUUCUGCUAGUGAACUAUAUUUCUGCCAUGUCACUAGCUUUCUACAUGCCUCAGGUUUUCAGAGGUAGCUUGAUGAUUCCUGCACAUAUGAUCUUGGCUUCAUGCUUGAUUUUCCAGACGUGGGUACUAGAAAAAGCAAACUACACAAAGGAAGCUAUCGCAGAAUAUUAUCGGUUUAUAUGGAAUCUCUUCUACGCAGAGUAUCUGUUAUUCCCCUUCUUCUAG